AUGUGUGAGAAUAUGAACAUUCAAGUGAUGCAUACUGCAGCAUAUUCACCCUUCUGUAAUGGCCUUUGUGAACGGAAUCAUGCAAUUAUAGAUGAAAUGGUGGUAAAGAUUAUGGCAGAGCAGCCAAAAUUGUCUUUAAAAGUGGCUUUAGCAUGGGCAGUCCAUGCUAAAAAUUGUCUCCAGAUGACAGGGGGUUUUAGCCCUUAUCAGCUUGUAUAUGGACGAAAUCCCAAACUGCCAUGUACCAUGAGUGAUGAACUCCCAGCACUGGAAGGUACAACAUCUAGUGAAAUGGUUGCAAAGCACAUCAAUGCUAGUCACUCAGCAAGAAAAGCUUUUAUUGCUGCUGAAACCUCUGAGAGAAUACAACGUGCUCUAAGACACAAAGUAAGAACCACUGGUAGAGUCCUUAGAAGUGGCAAUCAAGUCUAUUUUAAGAGAGAAGAGCAAAAGGAAUGGAAAGGACCAGCCACAGUCAUUAGUCAGGAUGGAAAAACAGUAAUUUUGAAAUAUGGAUCCAAUAUUGUAAGAGCGCAUGAAACAAAUAUUCAAGAAAUUCCAUAUAGAAAUACUGAUAAUAAUAAUAUAGAGAAUGAAAAUUGUAGUAAAACAAAGGAAGAAGAUGGUAUAAUUGUUAGAAUAUCAAGGAUUGGAAAGAGUGAAAUUCUUACCAAAAGAGUCAAAUGA